CCGGAUUAAAUCAAGAAAAUCAUCAGCAGCCUUUCAGUAGUUGUGUCUCUCUGGGAAUCCGGUGAGACGUCCACAGGAUUUCAGCUGUUUAUGAAGUGUGAAGUAGCGCUGUCAGGAGAACAGACAGAAGCCUGCAGCACUGACACGCUGUGUGUCCUCAGCAGCAGAGUCGCUCACCAUGAGUGUGGAUGAGGAUACCCGCUGGCUGGAGUGGAUCACCAAGCAGUUCGAGAGCAUCGCAGGAGAUGACAAAGAGAUCGACCUUGACCAGUUUAAAGCUGCUCUGAAGGUCAAAGAGUCCUUCUUUGCCGAGCGUUUCUUUGCUCUGUUCGACUCGGACGGUAGUGGCUCCAUCAGUCUGGAUGAGCUGCUGAAAGCUCUGGACCUCCUCAUCCACGGCAGCGAGACCGACAAACUCAAGUUUCUCUUCCGGGUCUACGAUGUGGACGGCAGUGGUUCUAUUGAUCCAGAUGAGCUGAGAACGGUUCUGAAGUCGUGUCUGCGUGAGAGCGCCAUCUCGCUGCCGGAGGAGAAGCUGGACGACCUGACAUUAGCGCUGUUUGAGUCAGCUGACAAAGACAACAGCGGCUCCAUCACGUUCGAGGAGCUCAAAGCCGAGCUGGAGACCUUCCCAGAGGUGAUGGAGAACCUCACCAUCAGUGCUGCUAACUGGUUGAAGCCUCCUGAUCUGGCCCAGAAGAAGCGUCAGACUCCUCGGUACCUGACCCGAGCCUACUGGCACAACAACAGCCGUAAGCUGCUCUUCUUGUGUGUAUACACCUGCGUCACUGUGCUGCUGUUCAUCCUGGCCAUGCUGCGGCACAGAUACGGGGGUCCCUGGUUUAUGGUGGCCAAGGGCUGCGGCCAGUGUCUCAACUUCAACUGCACUUUCGUCAUGGUGCUGAUGCUGCGUCGCUGUCUAACAUGGCUCAGGACGACGUGGGUGGUGAGGGUCUUGCCUCUGGACCAGAACAUCUUAUUGCAUCAGAUCGUGGGCUACGCCAUCCUCGGCUUCUCAGUGGUACACACCACGGCUCACGUCUUCAACUUCGUCUGGAUGACAGAGAGUGGUGAAUACAGCCUGUGGGAGUACCUACUGACCACUCGGCCAGGUAUCGGCUGGGUGCAGGGGACGGCUUCGGUGACCGGGGUGGUGCUGCAAGUGUUGAUCUGUCUCAUGGUGCUGUGCUCCAGCACAUUUGUACGGCGCAGCGGACACUUUGAGGUGUUCUACUGGACUCACCUGUCCUAUGUGUGGGUCUGGGCUCUGACUGUGGUUCACUGUGCAAACUUCUGGAAGUGGUUCGUGGUUCCAGGUCUGGUUUUUCUGCUGGAGAAGAUUGUGGGAAUCGCUGUUUCUCGUAUGGGAGGUCUGUACAUCGUGGAGGUCAACCUGCUGCCGUCCAAGGUGACUCAUCUGGUGAUCAAACGUCCCCAGUUCUUCCACUUCAAACCUGGAGAUUACAUCUACAUCAACAUCCCAGCGAUAGCCAAGUACGAGUGGCAUCCGUUCACUAUCAGCAGCCCCCCAGAGCAGCCGGAUACUCUGUGGCUGCACAUCCGCUCGAUGGGUCAGUGGACCAAUCGGCUGUACGAGUACUUCAGACAACCAGAGAGGCAGGCGCUCAGCCCCAGGAGGCUGGCCACCAGCCUGAGGAACCACAGACAACUGACAAAGACCCAGGAAGACAUGUUCAGAUCUACACAUUCUAACAGAGCUGUAGCAUCCAAUGGAGACGAUGCCAUCGAGUUGGUGAUGUACCGACAGAAUGGCUCCCAGUCCGGUGUGGCCUUGCCCUCAGUGUCUGCAGCUCAGGGGCCGGUGGAGCCUCUUCCAGACAAGCAGGGCCCAGCAGAGAGAGGAGAGGUUCCUCCACUCAGAGAGAUUUCUACCAAGCUUGGGGAGAACCACAUGUUCUGCAACAUCAAGUGUUAUGUAGACGGGCCAUACGGGACUCCUACAAGACAGAUCUUUGCCUCUGAACACACGGUUCUGAUUGGGGCGGGUAUUGGGAUCACACCAUUUGCUUCCAUCUUGCAAAGUAUCAUGUACCGGUACCGCAUGAGGAAGCAGAACUGUCCCAACUGUAACUACUCCUGGUGUGAAAACAUUAAAGACAGCGACAUGAAGCUGCGCAAAGUGGACUUCAUCUGGAUCAACAGAGACCAGAAGUCCUUUGAAUGGUUUGUCAGUUUAUUGACUAAGCUGGAGAUGGACCAGGCUGAUGAGGAGCCAGAAGGCCGGUUCCUGGAGAUGCACAUGUACAUGACAUCAGCUCUCAGUAAGAAUGACAUGAAGGCCAUUGGCCUGCAGAUGGCGCUGGACCUCCUGGCAAAGAAGGAGAAGAGAGACUCCAUCACCGGCCUGAGAACCAGAACCCAGCCUGGACGGCCUGAGUGGGGAAAGGUGUUUCAGAAAGUGUCUGAGGAGAAGAAAGGGAAGGUCCAUGUAUUUUACUGUGGCGCUCCAGCUCUGGCUAAAGUCAUCAAAGCUGAGUGUGAACACUUUGGCUUCAAAUUCUACAAGGAAAACUUCUGAGGCUGUUUCUUGUUGCUCAACACACAACCCCUGCCAUGCUUUCCUGUGUGCACACACAUGUCCCUCUUUGUUUGUGAUGACACAUUUUAGUUCAAUGCCAUCACUGUGAGGACAUUUCUCUAUUGUGAGCACGAUGUGUGGUCUUACUCUCUUUAUAGGGCUGUCUGUCGGGUAGGGUUGAGGUUAGAAUCAGGUUAGGUGUUAGGUAUUUAGUUCACAUGACUGUUUCCCCUUCUUUUUGUAUUUUGUGUUUUAUGUGUUUUAACUUGUGAUUUUUUUAAAUGUGAAACUGUUUGUGCUGCCAUCUUGACCAGACCUCAGAAUCAGAAUCAGCUUUAUAGGCCAGGGGUGUCGGACACACGAGGAAUUUGACUCUGGUACAGCGGUUCUCAAUGUGAAUGUACAAUGUUAUUCCAUAAGGCAACGAGUAAACAAGAUAAGGCUGAGAGAACAAGAAAAGAAAAACAAUGU